CGCGGCGUAGUAAUCUCUUGUAGACACACUCGUCUCUUUCAGCUGUUUCCCGCCAAACAACGCCAUAGCAAACCGCUGCGAGGCGUAGUGCGUACGGCUGGAUUUGGAAUUAGUGAAUUGUGUAUUUUUCUAUGCUGAUAAGAGACAAUUAAAUUAAUUGUUACUAGUGUUUUUUGUGAGAAAAUGUCUACGCUGAGUAGAAGUGAGGAAAAACUCCGGCUGGAGGAUUUACAACAUUAUGAUCAGGAGGAUAUUAGUUACUGCAGCCUUGGGGAUCGGCCGGACUCGCCUGGGCUUCGCCACCACGGCGCCAUGGAGCAGGAGAAGAGGAUCCGCCGGGAGAUCGCCAACAGCAACGAGCGGCGUCGGAUGCAAAGCAUCAACGCAGGCUUCCAAAGCCUGAGGACUCUGUUGCCGCAUCACGAGGGCGAGAAACUUAGCAAGGCGGCCAUUCUUCAGCAGACUGCAGAGUACAUCUAUCAGCUGGAGCAGGAGAAGACCAGGCUUUUGUCUCAAAACUGUCAACUCAAGCGACUCAUCAACCAACACGAGGGAGAAACCAACUCUGCUGUCAAGAAGAGGAAGACUGAGACAGGCAUGGUAGUGGUGACAGAAGAAGGCGUAGUUGCAGCCGAGGCAGGGUCUGCCAGUCCCACACUGCUAGAUAUAGACCAGGCGGCUACAAACUCUGAACUCAUAGAGCUGAGGGUGCAACUAGACCGGGAGAGAGGACUACGGAUGAUCCUGGAGGACCAGGUUCGCAGUCUGGAGACCCAACUGUAUCCGGAGAGAAUCCGUGAGAUCACCCAGCAGGUGCAGAUGCAGUACAGCCAACAUCAGCAAGAGGAUGAACCAGGAUUGCUAACACCAGUGAGACGAGAGAGUCAGUCGAGCACAGGGUCGGCCGAGAGUACAGAGACGGCCGGCACAGUGGCGACAUUACAGGUGGUGUCUGCUGCUAGUCUACAGCCCGUCAGUCACACAGAGACGGUGAUAGCCACAACACCCACCCCUCCACACUCCCCCACACCUUCACGCCUCCCCUCGCUACUGGAGGCUGCCAUCAAGUCUGAGCCCAAGGCAGAGGCAGAGCGACUACCAUCCCCUAGUGGAGCCAACGGAGAAGAGGUCGUUCCACAAGCCAGGGUGUACUUGGCAAGCACUUCACGCCAAAACCUGGAGACCAUCGUGGAAGCCAUCCGUCACCUAGAGGGAGACGCUUUCAUCAGUGACAGCACGACAGCGUCAGUGACAGCGACCGCAACAGCAGUCCCUGCAGACACUCCCGCGGCCACACUCUCCAAGCAGCAGCGUCUGCUUAACCCCUUUCUGCAGUUCCACCCUCCGCAGCAACGACCGGGUGUCAUCGUGGUCAAACAACACACGUGAUCCGCUCCUCGCCCCCGCCCCCACCCCCUCUAGUGGCCUAAUUAUUUCACUCUUUCUAAUUAGUUACUUGUUUGUUAUCACACAUUCGUGUAUUCUCUUUGAUAAUGUUUACCGAUCGGUGUUUCAUUCGAUUUGUGUGCGGACCCUCCGCAAUCGUCCUCUUUCUACUUAAUCUAGUAAAAUCGCAGUAUUAAAUUCUAGUGUUAUAUUGUUAGUGAAACUCGCAUCUGCUCUUCCUAUUGUGGAGUGUAGCGGUUUUGUGAAAUGUUAUAAAUGAGAUUUUGCCGUGAUUGUUGGAUUUUGUAUUUCUCUAGAAGAGUGGUUUGUACGGGAACAGACAAUUCGGUAUUUGUGAUUUAAAUUAAUCGUUAUCUAGGCACAAUUUAGGUAGGGAGGUGUCGGGGACAGUGUGUGGAUCCCGGUCAUAAUAUUCUUAAAGACUGUUUGUGUUAUCAGGUAGUCGAUUCUAUCUCGACUCUCUGCUCUUUUCUCUUCCCUAUUUUACUGAAGUAAUUCUAGUUCUUACUUGUUUUAAGUUAUGUAUAAAAUUGUUUUGUGUUUUUGUUGUGCGAGAAACUAGAAAAAAUAUAAAAAAAUUGUUUUUAUAUGUGUGAUAGAACGACGGAUGGCUGGCCCUAGCUUAUUGUGGAUAUGUAUACGUACAAUUAAAAAUUCCGUAGUUAGAAUAGAUUGUCUGAACAAAAGUAUAAAGGGCGCAUUGUGUCAUUUCUUGUGUCAAUGUGCAGCAUUAGUCGAUUUCCUCUCAUUUUGCUGAUGUCGAUGUUAACAUUUCUCUAUUAUAAGUGUAUGUGAUGAAAAUUGUGUAUAUUGUGUAUGCCGCUUCUUAAUGUAGAAUUUGGCCAAACCUUUUUUAACAUUUUAACGAUUAUUUAUUUUUCUACUUGUAAAUUUUUCCAACUGUUUUGGACUGAUCAUUAUUUAAUGUUGUAUAAUUUUGAAAAUCACAUUUUGAGUGUUUUUUCUCCUCUUUUGUUACUCUAGUUGGUGUACACGAUGAUCUGUUAGUAGCUGUACAUAAUUCGCUUAUGUAAGGUUCAUAGUCCAAGGGGCCUCCCUCUUCAGGGGAUUGUUAUGUAAUUCAAAGUUCCUUUUCAGAUCAUAAAUAUUAGGUAUAAUAUUUUGCAUUUCAUAAUCACUUGUAGUAGGUCCUUAGUUCGCAUUAGCACGUGUAUGGAUGCGCUGCUGUAAAUAUGGCCUCGUGGACACUUUAAUCUUGUUUAUUUUUUGUUUAAACAUUGAUGCUGUUAUUUAAAUAAGGAAAACAGAUCUGAAAUACAAUAUUUCUGUUUUCUAUUAAUAUUUCAAGUAGUUCUUACUUGGUAAACACAGCAUUUUACUUACUUUAAUUUUCUUGUUUGGUUUUGUGUUCAGUGUUUUUGUUAAUUUGUUUUUACUAGUUGCUUGCUUAAUCAGUUAUUCCUAUCAAUUGUUUUCAAUAACAAUAACGUAUAGUGUUUCAUCCCUUCUUGUUAUUAUCUGAUACAAUAGCUAUUGCAUUCCUUAGUCAAUAUUGUUGUAUCGGAUGUGUUUUUCUUAGUAAAAGAGAUACAGCAUAAAUGUUAUUAAUGAAAAAUGUGUUAGCUGCAGUCAGAAUUUUCAAACAGGAUUAUUGCUCAACGAUUUCCAAAGGAUUUGUCUAAAUGUUGUACAUUUUUCUGUCAAUCAAAGCUUGUAGCUUUGUAUAUUUGGUCACUGAUUCAUUUGCACAUUUUGUCAUUUAUUGUGGUAUCUGUGAAUACAUUAAGUAAUUUUGUAAUAAUUUCGAGUAUUAGUUUAUUUUGCAAUAACUAAAGAUAUUUUGUUGCCUGUGUUAUGGGUAGUUGUAGCAACAAUUGUUUACUAUAAUUGACCUUUGGUAUGAUUGGUUGUAUAAUGUACACUAUUUGAAAACAAAAGACUUUGAAUAAAAUCAGAUCAUUCAUGUA